UUUGCAAUUAUAUGUUUUUCUUUUUCGCUUGCAUGUGUGUUGUGCAUGCUUGAAACUUUGGUUGGUUUGGUUUCAUAGAAAUUAGGAAGCUAAUUGAAUCAAAUUUAUAUUAAUAAUGCCCUCUCUACCACGCACAGUCCCUAAUAUUUUAAUAACGGGUACACCAGGUGUAGGCAAGUCCACAAUCAGCCAAACGCUAGCUGAUCGUCUACAGUUUAACUGGAGAGAAGUGUCUAAGAUAGCUGAAGAAUACAAUUGUUUAGAUGAGUAUGAUCCUGAGUAUCAAUGCCCUUUCUUGAAUGAAGAUAAGUUACUUGACAUAAUGGAAGGCAUGAUGGCUAAAGGAGGGAACAUAGUUGAUUAUCACGGGUGUGAUUUCUUCCCAGAACGGUGGUUUGAUGGGGUUUUUGUGAUCAGAACAAAUAACACAACACUUUAUGACAGGUUAUCAGCGAGAGGUUACACCGGCAAGAAAUUAGAAGACAACAUACAGUGUGAGAUCUUUGAGACUCUUCUAGAAGAAGCUCAGUCUUCAUACAAAGAGGACAUUGUGAUGGAGCUUCAGAAUGACACGCAGCAACAGUUGCAGGCUAACAUAGAUACUAUGGUAGAAUGGGUGCAGAGGUGGAAGGAAGAGAACUUAUAAUAAAAAUUGAUAUCACAAUUUGUUUUGAAUUUUUUGUUGACCCUGGUAGGCGAGUAGCUAAUAAAAUCACAACUGAAUGUUCAA